CAGAGCUUGGUACAUUGAGGGGACCAAACACAGCGGCUAAUGGCGUCUGAAACCUUUGUGCAGCCAGCAAUUCCUCGUUUUGAUGGUCACUAUGAUCAUUGGAGCAUGCUGAUAGAGAAUUUCUUGAGGUCUAAAGAGUAUUGGGAUGUGGUUGAGUCUGGGGUAGCAGAACCAACUGCUAGGAUGUCAGAAGCUCAGAAGGCAGAGUUGGAGGCUUUAAAAUUGAAGGAUCUCAAAGCCAAAAAUUAUCUCUUUCAAGCAAUUGAUCGGACAAUCUUGGAGACUAUUCUUUGCAAAGAUACCUCCAAGCAAAUUUGGGAUUCAAUGAAGAAAAAGACAAUGGCAAUUGUCAACAAAUUGAGGACCCAUGGUGAUAAGACACAAGAUGCUACUGUUGUUGAGAAGAUACUACGUUCAAUGACACCAAAAUAUAAUUUUGUUGUCUGUGCUAUUGAGGAGGCAAAUGAUCUUGAUGAAAUGUCACUUGAAGAACUUGAAAAUCAAACAAAGGAAGAGGCAGAGGUAGAGGAAGAAAUCAGCAAACUCAGUUUUUUGAAGGAAGAGGAAGGGGGCGUGGCAGAUUUCAGAUUUCCUACAGACCAAAGUCAGCAGACAAGUCCAAAAUUGGAGUGCUUUCGGUGCCACAAGUAUGGGCAUUACCAAUCUGAAUGUCGAGCUAAUUUGCCUAACAAUGAAGGAGAAAAAUCAAAUUUUGCACAAAUUGAGGAGGAAAUAUCCUUGCUGAUGGUAUGUCAUGAUGGAGAAGGGUCUAAUAAGAACCUGUGGUAUUUAGACACUAGUUGUAGCAAUCAUAUGUGCGGAGACAAGGCAGCUUUCUCCACCUUGGAUGAAUCUUUUAGAGAUAAUGUGAAGUUCGGAGACAAUUCUAAAGUCUCGGUCAGGGGAAGAGGACAGGUGACCAUUCAAAUCAGGGGUAAUGCUGCUCAAACAAUUUCUAAUGUCCUUUAUCUUCCAGAAUUGAAGACCAAUCUGCUAAGUAUUGGUCAAUUGCAAGAGAAGGGUUAUGAGGUUAUCAUCAAGAAUGGAGUGUGCCGGAUUCAAGAUUCCAAAUUGGGCUUAAUUGCUCAAGUUAAAAUGACUGCUAACAGAAUGUUUCCUCUUCAUCUCAACUGUGCUAGUCAGUCAUGCUUGGCAAAGACAAAUGAUGUGGCUUGGUUGUGGCAUUCUCGCUAUGGUCAUCUAAACUUUGGUGGUCUCAAGCAACUUCAACAAAAGAACAUGGUGAUUGGGGAGUUCAACCAGAGCAAGGAGGCUAUUGGAGAUUGUACACUCUGAUAUUUGUGGACCAAUUAAUCCAGUUUCCAAUGGAGGAAUUUGUUGGCUACGUGUCUUUGAGUUUCCUAGUUAUCAGGAUUACAUGUUUUAUUGUUUUUAGUGGCUAAGUGGUUGCUAAUUUCUAACUUAAUUUAGUUGUUGUUUUUAGCCCAUUUUGUAAGGUCGUUUUCUUUCUCUUGAAUAAAAUGAACAGAUGAAU